AUGGGCUGGCAAUCGAGCCCUGGCCGCCUUGUCGUAGCCGCGGCCGGCCUUUUGGGCCUUGUCAACGGACAGGCUUACUUCGGAACCUAUCAGGAUACUCUUACCAAAUGUGGUAGCGAUAAUUUCAUCUAUCUUGGCUGUUACGGCAACUUCCUCGCCAAUGCUGGCGAUUUCUUUCGCUUCGGUCCGGAGGGCUACAAUGCCGCUGACCUCUCCUUGAGUUUCCCCGGAUGGGACCCCGGCUCCGAUUGGGACUCUACGCAGACUCCUCUUGACUGUGCUCGCACCUGCAGAGCUUACGGUUACAAGUAUUCGGCCAUGAGGGACAAUAACUGUAACUGCGGCCUGCAGCUCCCGGCUGCUGCUGUCCCGAACUCGGACACUUCGGCUUGCAAUGCUCAGUGCAGUGGCGAUAGCACUCAGACCUGCGGCGGUGGCCUCAACGCCCAGGUCUACCUUGAUCCCUCCUUUGCCGCACCGGACCAGGUGCCCAUCACGCCUCGUAAUGCGGAUUUGGGUUCUACCUACAAGCAUCUGGGCUGUUAUUCCUCUCGCGGAUUCGCCACACAAGACGACGCUAGGGCUAGGCCACUCGUUGAUGACAUCGAGACUUGUUUCGAAACCUGUGCCGGUUUGGGUUAUCCUCUUGUCUUUGGUGCCAGGGAAGGUGCACAAAUCCGAUGCCAGUGUGGUACAAACUUUCACUCGGGCGACUAUCGCAUUCCUCCAUCGUCUCUUCCAAACCCUGGAGACUGCAACGCUCUUUGUACAGCCGAUGACACGAAUGGAGACUGUGACCCACUGACCCAAAAGUGCUGUGGAAGGAAUGAGCACUAUCCCGUUUACGUCAGUUCUGAACUACAAGGAUGCUAUGUCCCGAGGACACCGGGGCUCAAGCAGUCAGCCGACCAGGCAGCUUUUAGCUGCUACAACCCACCGUCCAGUCUCUUGGGCCCUCCCAAGGUUCUUACUACCUCGCUAUCGAGCGUGAACCAGGAUAACAUCAUCGGCUCAAGGCCAGCACUCGUCCGCCCCUUGACCGUUACCACGGGUACGCAAACUUGGUACUUGAAUGGGUGCUACGGCAAUGUUCCUGCACAGGUUCUCGACCUCUCUGCAACGUCUGGCCAGAUUAUUUCGGAUCUUGCCACUGGUACACUCGAUGAGUGUGCGCGCAGAUGCAGUUCGGACACUACCUUCAACUACUUUGGCAUGGUCAACGGCAGGGACUGUUACUGCUCAAACUCUCUUCUGACUCCUGGUCAAGUCGAUGAUAUGGGAACUUGCCGAGUCCCUUGCAAAGACGAUGCCACGAGAAGUUGCGGCGGUGCAACUACACCUGUCGUCUAUUCUCUGAGCCAGAGCGGCGUGUACACAGAACGCCUGGCGAACAUCGGUGCCGGCUUUCCGACAUACACUUGUACACCCAGCCGACGUGUCUCAAAUGAUGCGGCAGCUCCAAUCACGUGCCCAGAUGACAAUGGAGUUUCUAUUACCACUGCUCAAGAGAAAAUGUACCAUGUCGACUGUGGUAUCGAAUAUCCCGAUGGCGACCUAGGCACAGUAAUUGUGGACAGCUACGCUGAAUGUGCUGCGGCUUGCGAUACCACCACCGACUGUGUUGGGUUUAUCUAUCAGCAUGGCCCUGCCAAUAGCAACGGCCUUAACGCACCGUGCUACCUUAAGAGCGAAGGAGCAGUAACUGCUGCUGUUUCAGCCGACAUGGGUAACUGGGGUGGGAGAUUUACUGGUUUCGCAGAUGGCUCCAGUAGCGGUUCAGACUCCGGUAGCGGUUCAGGCUCUGGCAGCGGUUCUGAUCCCGGCACUGGCAGCGGUUCAGGUUCCGGUGACGGUUCUGAUCCCGGCACUGGCAGUGGCAGCGGUUCCGGCUCCGGCGACGGCUCUGAUCCCGGCACUGGCAGCGGUUCAGGCUCCGGUGACGGCUCUGAUCCCGGCACUGGCAACGGUUCAGGUUCCGGUGACAGUUCUGAUCCCGGCACUGGCAGUGGCAGCGGUUCCGGCUCCGGUGACGGUUCUGAUCCCGGCACUGGCAGUGGCAGCGGUUCCGGCUCCGGUGACGGUUCUGAUCCCGGCACUGGCAGUGGCAGCGGUUCCGGCUCCGGUGACGGUUCUGAUCCCGGCACUGGCAGUGGCAGUGGUUCCGGCUCCGGUGACGGUUCUGAUCCCGGUACUGGCAGCGGUUCAGGCUCCGGCAAUGGUUCAGGCUCCGGCAAUGGUUCAGGCUCCGGCAAUGGUUCAGGCUCCGGCAAUGGUUCUGGCUCCGGUAAUGGUUCAGGCUCCGGCAAUGGUAGCGGUUCCGUUGUAAACGCUAUUUUUGACAAAGUCUUUGGUCCAGCCUUCCAAGGAGUCUUCAGCUCCUUCGGUAAGAUUUUCGACAACAACCCAUUCUUCAAGCCCAAGAAGCCAGCUGGCUCCACUCGUGCUGUCUCUACAAGCAACGAUGAUGUCCAGGAUCUCGAAACCCUUGCCAGCGAUCCCUCGGACAGCACCGCCUACCGUUCAGAUGCUUUCAUCGGUGAUGUGCUCAGCAAUCUUAACCUCGGCAGCUUGAUGAGCGCUGUCCCGGGUCUUGAAGAUGUUCUCGGUGGACAGGAUCUCGGUAGCCUGAUUCCUGGAAAUAUUCGCGCCCCCAACCCGGCCACACCCCCGAUGACCGUCAACUUGGAUGAGCUGGCUGGCCUAGCCAGCACUGUUCUUGCAGCGCUGAACACUCUCCCCAGCGACAUCGCCGCCCCUAGUCCUGUUGACACCGACUCGCUGAUCACUCUUGCGAGCGCUAUUACUGAUGCGCUUACCACCGCUGCUGAUGGAUCCGGUCCUGGUGUGAUCAAUGGCAAGGACUUUGCUGGCAUCCUCAACUCCGUUUUCGACUCAAUCAACGGCAUUGGAGGCAUAUUCCCUAAGAAGAGUACUAGCAGUAGUGCCCAGCCAAGCAUGACUGCUGCACCUACUCGACGGCUUCGAGCGAGGGACGUUGCCCACAUUGGCCCCCACCCAACCGGAGUGCUCCCUCCGGGAAACGGCCCUGCGGAGGUGUGUGAUAUUGCGACCCUUGCCCUUCCGACUAACAUCUUCGCGCCUACUCCGCCCCCGGAUGCCGGCCGCUGCAUCCCCAUCAUCGGCUACUGGUAUGUUGGCGAGACCACUUUGCUCCCUUGCUCCGAAGGCUAUGGUGCCGGCGGCCCUCAGGAGACUGGUUCCCCUCAAGCACCCGGCUUCUCUGGCGGCCCCGGUGGUCACCCUUCCCCUCCUUCUCCCGCGGGCCCGCCGCCCGCCGUUGUGAUUCCUGUUGCAGGCUCCAUUGUUCUUACCCAGGAGCAAUUGGACCAUCUUCUCGAAUCUACCAACAUUGAGCUCGAGUGGACCAGCGAAGGUGAGCGUGUGCUCAACAUUCCUGGAAUUCUUGACAUGAGCGACAGCCACAGCGACACCUUCAGGCUCCUGCUUGACCAAAGUUCCGACUCACUUUCCCACAGCACCAAUCAGUUUGAGAUUCCCAUCUCGGGAGAGGUUGGCCUUACGCAGUCACAGCUUGACAGCCUCCUCCAGGACUCGACCCUCGAUAUCUUCUGGAACAGCCAGGGAGCUAAAGAAUUGAACAUUCCAGGAGUGAUCAACUACAGCUCUUCUAGGAAUGACACUUUUAGCCUCCGCAUCAGCUCAAGCAAUCACCACACCACAUCCAGCGCCAGUGUCCCCGGUCCCACGGAAAGUUCCACUCCUCCAGCUGCUGGCGGGGAAACCCCGGAUGGAUCUGCUGCUGACGAGGACGGCGGCUACGAUGACGUUGAAGCGGAGCUUGCCGCUCUCGAUGCUCUGAUCGCUUCGUUCGGUGACAUCGAUUUUGACGUUGGCGACCUUGACAUCCCCGAUAUUGACGUGGAGGGUCUCGAUUUCCCCAAGAUCCCGUCCAUUGACACGGAUGAUCUCGACGUCAAUGUUGAUGAUGUGGAUGUUUCGAGGAUUGAAGAACCUGAAGCUCCUGAGUCACCCGAAGUACCUGAUCUCGAUGCCAUACCAGCACCGACCAUUGAUGUCGAUGGUGAGGUUCAAGUGGGUCUGGAUGAUGAGUCUGGGGUUCCUGUCGUCGAUCCAGUUGAUGAAGCUACUUGA